ACUUGAAUUCAACAGCUUUUUAGAGAUCAAUCAAUACACAUUUAAAUAAACACGGUUAAGGCAUCGGGUGGCCUUUAGAUAGUGUUAUAUUUCAUUCAGUGCUCUUGACGUUAGUGUUUUGAAUUAUUAAGGAUGACUAAAAAAAGAAAUAAGCGACACAAGACGCAAUGUGAGAAGAAACUCGCCGAAUCAACAAAGAGCACAAAUCAAGUAGUAGAAACAAAAGCUGACAUCGUUACUGCACGAGCUCCUGUCGUUACGCAGUGUGUAGAACCUAAACCCCAAGUUUAUUAUUGGGCUGAUCCAAAGGUUAUGAGCUCAAAGCUCCCAUUAACAGACGCAGAUCAAGCAGCAUCGGAUAACAAAUGUUUAAAAAAUCAAGUAGAGGAUUAUGCACAUUACCACCGGGGUGAACCACAAAUCGAUCCCGUCUGCGGCCUGAAAAAGUUUUACAAAAAUGAGUUUGAGGCUUUCGAAAAAUACUUUAUAAAGAUUCACAGCCAUCCCGUUGAUAACCCGAUUUUCAACGCGAUCAGUCGAGAGGUAUUGAAGUUGUCGGAUCAGCCCACUUGUAGUCUGACAAUGCAAUAUACUGGUGAUCCCUACAAACUAGAGUUCUUUCGAGAGCCCUUCAAUGUUAAAUACCCACCAGUACUGGCGCCCAAUAAAAUUAUUGAAUUUGCCCAUGCCAGUAUUAAAAUCGCAGAAAAGGACCUCAAAGGCCGAUGCCUAGUGAGUACCACUCAGUUAGAACCGCAUACAGUGCUAAUAAGCGAAAAGGCCACAAUUUGCAUAUACAUGGUGGCGUGA